CGAAUAUUUUCUUCGUCUUCAUAAAGAUGGUAAAUGAUCACAGAAUCUGAAGGAGAACUAUUUAGAUGCCAACAUGCGAUUCGAGUGCAACCAGUUUUCCUUCAUCUGGCUUGCUCAGUCUUUUAUGUUUCUAGAAGUUUCAUCAGCACAUAGUCUAGAUUUUAACACGAUUUUACCUCCGAAUCCAGAAGAAUAUGACAAUCUGCAGCCUCCAAAAGAAGAUGGAAAGCCAACAAUCGUUCGAUUUCACGUCACAGUUUUAAGUAUAGAUUCCAUAGAUGAAGGAUCAAUGACUUACGUGGCGGAUAUUUUCAUGUCGCAGAGUUGGAAAGAUAACAGACUUCACUUACCUGAAAAUAUGACUUCUAAGUAUCGCCUUCUGCCGAUCAGUUGGUUGAAGAAGAUGUGGCGUCCGGACUCGUUUUUCAAAAAUGCCAAACGAGUCACUUUUCAAGAGAUGACCAUCCCCAACCAUUACAUUUGGCUGUACAGCGAUAAAACCAUUCUGUACAUGGUGAAGUUAACUUUAGAACUCUCUUGUGCCAUGAAAUUCGAAGCAUAUCCUCACGAUACCCAAACUUGUUCUAUGAAGAUGGAAAGUUUGUCUUACACCACUGAUGACCUCGUCUUUGAUUGGGAAUCAGAAGUUCCGUUAGUGGUCGAACCUGCCAUUGAACUUCCUCAGCACAUCUUGGUGGACACGAAACUUGGGGACUGCAUGCAAGAAUAUUCCACAGGUAAUUUCACGUGCAUUGAAGUUCUCUUCACUCUGGAACGACGCCUCGGUUACUACCUGUUCCAUACUUACAUCCCGACCUGCCUGAUCGUCAUCAUGUCUUGGAUAUCGUUCUGGAUUCGAGCAGACGCCGUUCCCGCCAGAGUGACGCUGUGUGUCACCUCUCUGCUCACUCUGGCCACUCAGCACGCCCAGUCCCAGAAGUCUCUCCCUCCGGUGUCCUACAUCAAGGCCAUCGAUAUCUUCAUGUCCACCUGCACCCUCUUCGUGUUCUCCUCCCUCAUGGAGUAUGCAAUUGUCAACAUUGUGAUCGGAAGAGCGGAGGAAAGGGUCAGCAAUCUUAUGAGUGAAGUGCAGAUGAUUCAUAUGGAAGGUGAAAUUCGAGUCCCCAAUGGCACCAGAAUGACUUCUUCCCCUUCUUUGAGGAGCCGGUCCGAAACUUUCGAGAGACAAGCUCAGAAAAUAGACAUGUGCUCUCGCAUCGUCUUUCCAUUUCUAUUUAUUGUACUCAACGUAGCUUACUGGUGUUAUUACCUUAGCUAAUAAUUUUCUGAAACUUUGCCAAACUUAAAUCAUUUUUAUUUCUAAACUGCCGACUAAGUACAAGGUGAU